AUGAAACCUGUUUAUUUUGUUCCGCAAACAGGUUCUAAUGAAAAUAUUACCGAUAAAGAGAUGGUAAAACAAUGCUAUGAGAUACCAUCACCAAACGACUUUGAAGACUUGAAAGGUAAAUGCAGUCCCUUUUUUCUCUUUCGUAGAAAAGUUCAUGAGGCAAUUCAAAAAAGUGGAAGAGUAAUAAGCGCCGGGAAACUUUCUAAACUUGCUGCUGAAUUGUGGAAAGAAAUAUCUUUGAAUGAAAAAAAGAUAUACAAGCGAUUAUCAGUCGCAUUACUUCGCAGACACGUCGUUUGGGUAAAUAGCUCUUCAACACAACAACCACAAACUCCAAUUGCUAACGUGGCUGAACCCGAGUUUUUACAACCACAAACUCCAAUUGCUAAAGUGGCUGAACCCGAAUGUUUACAACAACCGCAAACGCCAAUUGCUAACGUGGCUGAACCAGAACUUUUUAUCCCUUCAAUACAACAACCGCAAACGCCAAUCGUUAAAGUGGCUGAACCCGAGUCUUUUAUCUCAUCAACACAACAGCCUGAAACACCAAUUCCUAAAGUGGUUGAGGAGGAAUUUUUUAUCUAUUCCAAAGUCGUUUGGGCAAACGAAGGAGCAGCGUUAUUUGGAUUGUCAUUAUAUGCUUGCAAUUUAAAUGAAAACGAAAUGAGUUUAUGA